AUGAGCAGUUCGUCAAUUUCCUCCUCUCGUUUUCCUCGAAUUUCAACUCAUGGUGUCCCUUCAAGAUGCUGGUGUGGGGAGGGCAUAACCACUUUUGCAUCUUCGACGACGGAGAAUCGGUAUCGAAGAUUCUACCGAUGCGAAGUUGCAAUACAUAAAAAAUCUGAGAAUCAUCUAUUUAAAUGGAUUGAUGAAGCUUUGCUUGACGAGAUACGAGAAGUAGAUGCGAAACAUGAUAGGGUUUCUCGACGGCUUGCUAGAGUUGAACACGAGAUGACACAGAAGAUGAAUGAGAAGGUGACGUUGGAGAUUGCUAGAGUAGAACAUGAGAUGACACAGAAGAUGAAUGAGAAGGUAAUAGUGGAGAUUGCUAGAGUCCAAGAAGAGAUACAAAAGAAGCUAAAGAUUGCGACAGUGGCGAUGGUACUUGUCGGAGCCAUCGCAGUGAUGUGGACUUCUCAUACUGUCUGA